CUUAGUGGUGCGUCAGGUGACCGCAAGUUAUUUGACUAUCAUUUCAGUAUUAAUGCAUGGAAAAUGAGGACACCGGGUCACAUCCAAAGGAGUUAUUCAAAGGAGUUUUCCGUUUCAUGUCAAUGUAAUGGGCUCCCGAACUAUUUUACAGCUGGUCGCCUACUUUCUCUUGGUGACUGUGCGCUCGGAAGUACAGAAAGAGAUUUCACUCGAAUGCCGUGAAUUUCUGUAUAUGGGCACCGCCCCACGGGGUCUGGAGAACCGGUCUCUUAAAAAUAUAUGUCAGCGUUAUAAUGGUAAGGCCCGGUAUAUAACUCUGUAUGAUACAGUGGGCCACAUCCCGGUGUAUUCUGCGUACACUUUCAAGCGCUCAGACGGCUCCAAGAAGGUUGAUGUUCCUUGGAUGUUCGAGCCUCAGCUCUCCAAAGAUUCAGACUCGGGUGAGAUGCAACAGUUCCCUCAGGAUUAUCUCCCUGGCAGCUUUUCAGACUCCCAAGCUGUGUUGGAAGACUACUCAAACAUUGUCGAUUUUGAGCGAGGCCAGUUAAACCCUGAUGAGCACCAGGCUCACCCCGACGACAAGGCAGCCACCUACACUCUGACCAAUGUAGUCCCACAGGUACGCGAUUUCAACAUCGGUCAUUGGAAAUGGCAUGAGCACAUCAUCCGUCGUCGACUCAACAAUUACUGCCGUGGCACGGCAUACAUAGUAACAGGUGUCACCACCUCGGGUAGGAUGAUCCGAAGACACAACAUCAACAGAGUUGCCAUCCCUACCUACUUGUGGUCAGCAUACUGCUGUAUAGAUUACGAUCGCAAUGCCCCGUUUGAAGAACGAUCUAAAUUCCCAGCUUUUGCAUCCCAUGGGCUCAAUGAGAAAGAAGGAUCGGAGGUCUUGGAGAUUUCCGUGGGGCAACUGGAAGAUUUUUUGAAGAGGAACACCUUUGUAGACAAAAAGUUUCAGAUUUUCUUUGACAACUGUAAACCUAAUGAUGGCAUCAUGUCAGGGUAAUAUUAACACUUUUGUAACCCUGGGUUAACGCAAAGAUGUCACCAAAUAUUUUAGAUAUUUAUUUUAGCCUUAAUAGGUAGACAGACAAAUCAAUUUCUGUUGUAACUGUUGUAGCAGAAAUGUUUUUUCUUCUAAUUAAUAAAAUGUAUCCUUAAAAGGACUAAAUAGAGUGAUGAAAUUAGUUUAAUGACUAAAGUCAUCUGGGGCUUUAGCGGUUUUAUUAGGUAAUAAACUUUAAAAUGAAUCUGCCACAAAAAAACUGUGUACACGUGGUUACGGCAAUGUAUCUGAA